GGCUUGCCCUGGAACAGGGGGUUCUCAAAACUCUGACUUGUCGGUCUUAUUCAGUUAACCUUGGGCUUGCAUACAGUUGCUAGAACACAGUGUGCAUUUUAUGUUAAGAAACAAGGGAUUUAAUGUGUUUCGUUGUUUGAAGUGGGUUUUAUUCUUUUUUUUUCAGAGUGUCCAAAGGGAGAAGGAAUCGAUGGGGUAACGAAGAAGAAAAUGCUAUGAGUACGAGCCAUCCAAUUAAACAGGAACCAAACAGUGAGGGAGAAGAAGAAUAUGAAUGGGGUAGGAAAUCUGGACUUCCCAAAGAAGAAAAAAAUAUUCCUCCAGGACAAAGGGAUAAACCAAAUUUUGGUUUGUCAGGAAAAUUGGCAGAAGACACAAAUACUUUCAAUGGUGUUCUUAUCAAGUACAGCGAGCCUCCAGAAGCUCGUAAACCCAAGAGACGUUGGAGGUUCUACCCGUUCAAAGGUGACAAAGGACUUCCACCUUUGUACAUACACAGACAAAGUUCAUACCUCAUAGGCAGAGACCGAAAGGUUGCGGAUAUUCCCGUAGAUCAUCCAUCAUGUUCAAAGCAACAUGCCGCCCUGCAGUACCGUCUCGUUCCAUUUCAACGUGAGGAUGGGAUCAGGGGUAAAAGAGUGAGGCCUUAUAUCAUUGACCUUGAGUCAUCAAAUGGGACAUUUGUAAAUAAUGUGAAAAUUGUCCCCAGGACAUACACGGAAUUGCUGGAGAAAGAUGUGAUCAAAUUUGGCUACAGUUCUCGGGAGUACGUGUUACUGCACGAGCAGAGCAAAGAUGACGAAUUGGACGAUGAUGUUGCAGCAGGAGGAACUGAUUGAAGAGACAUAAUAUAACUAACUUCUGUACAAGUGUUGACUGGUGGGUGUGAGGUGAUGUGUCAUCAGUCAUUGCCCCUUUGUAAAGAAAUGAAAAUUGAUUGUAAGAUGUCAGUUGUACAUACUAAAUUAAUUAAAUAAAUGGAGCAAAAUGUUGUUUAA